GUAAUCCUCUACGUCAACAGGAAACGUGAAAAAUAAACAACAGAGGCCAGCGAUCUCCGUUAGCUGUCCGUGUUUUUAACUGAACGCGGAUUUAAUUUGUUGUUUCAUCGACGUCUUUGUUUCCUCCGCGGGCUUUUGUUCAUCUCCGAGGUGUUAGCUGAGAGAAGCUAACGGAGCUAGCUGCCUUCACGGUAGCGUCAAAACCAAAAUGGAUGAUAACAAGAUGGUGGCUGGCAAAGUGAAGAAACCUGGCAAACGGGGACGCAAACCUGCAAAGAUCGACCUGAAGGCCAAACUGGAGCGAAGCCGUCAGAGCGCGAGAGAGUGUCGAGCCCGGAAGAAGCUGAGGUACCAGUACCUGGAGGAACUGGUUUCCAGUAAGGAGAGAGCCAUCUGCGCCCUGCGGGAGGAGCUGGAGAUGUACAAGCAGUGGUGUUCGGCCAUGGAUCAGGGGAAGAUCCCGUCGGAGAUCAAAGCUCUGCUGACGGGAGACGAGCAGAAGCUGCCUCCAGGGGGCAGCAGCACCAAGACGUCCAAGAACAAGAACAACAUCAGCAGCAGUAACGGCUGAACGGGAACGUGGACCUGUGAGAGACUCGGUGUGUUUAACCUGCUGCUGCUGCUGCUGAUGAUUCUGUCCGCUUCACACACACACACACACACACACACACACACACACACACACACACACACACACACACACACACGUAGCUACAGGCUCCAGUACUUUUCUUCUUGUUAAUCUCAGAUCGACGACAUUAAGAGGAUUCUCUGUAAUGAUCCCACAAACCUUCAGUUCUUCUUGUUUAUGUUCCCCUCCAUCACUCAGUCAUGUGACUCAUGAAUAAUGAUCAAUACGUCAUUUAUGGAUGUUUUUUUUUCAUGUUUAGAUUGUUUUUAGGGGUUAACUUCAGAGACAGGACAGUGGACAGAGUCAGAAAUCAGAGAGAGAGAGAGAGAGAAGGGAAUGACGUGGCGCCCCCCUCACCGUCAUCUGUAUGUCGGUGUUUUGUUUUUUAUUCUCUUAUUUAUUUCUGUGUCACAAACCGACUUUAACCUGCUCGUCUUAGGGCGUGUGUCCACCUGGCGUCUUCUUUUUUCCAGUUGUUCCAAAUGAGGAGCGAGCGUUUUUUGUCUGCAGCAGGCGGAGAAAAGGCGCCGCGCUCACCGUCCUGUUCCCUUUUUUUUAUACCGCUGCUUCUCCCGCUCCGCCUCACUCUGUAGAUGAACUUUGUGUUUCUGCUCUUUUGACGAGAUUCAUCAGCGGUGCCUUAAAGACACUCAAAUAAGAAAAGACGUGUUUUUGAAGUGUUUCACUGGAUAUUCUGUCACGUCAGGUGAUUGUGACGUGUGUGGCGGCGGAUCUAUGAUGACACAUAUUGUAAUGGUCGUCCUCCAUCGGUGGGUUUACGAGAGCGAUGUAACAGCGGACACCUCUCUCUCGCUCGAGCGUGGGAAAGUGAUUAUAUGUGGAUAGAAAAAAGGUCGGCCAAACACACACCUGUAGGAAACACUGCAGCAUUUAUUUAAAAAAUGUUUUAAUCGACAAUAAACGGCGUCCGUGGAGUCGAUCUUUACGACGAACCUGUAAAACGUGCGUCAUGUUGUCAGGGCGGUUUCCUCUGAAACCUAAAGCUGAAAUUUAUCCAAUUAGCUUCAAAUUUCCAACUCAGCUUUCCUUCUUCUCUGAACAGACGAUCGUUAAAAACGUGUCGUCUUGAUGGCGUCUAUGAGUCCCAUGACUGACCUGUAUUUAGUAACCGUCACAUUCACUACACGAGUUGUCGACUGCCGUUGGAAACGUUGGAUUUCAUUUUCUGUUUUUUUUAAAUCCAUCAAGGAGCUCCAAUCAUGUUUUUUAAAUAUGAAGGUGUUUUUAAGAAGUCGUCCCUCCUGAGUUUAGAACGCAGACAGGAAGUCAGACGAGGGAAUGAAAUGUACAGAGAUGUCGAAAGAGUGUGUCGGAUAUAUUUUUGUAUUUUUACGUGUGGGCUCAGAGAAAGCUCGUUUUUCAUUUUGUGAGUGUUUCGUUAAAAGUUUGGACUUUUCCUUCCCUUCAUGCCUGAAGUUAUAACUUCUCUCUAUCCGUCAUUAUGAACAUUUAUAAGCUCUUGAUUUUUGUGUCUUUUUUUUGUUACAAAUACUUUGUGCACUUUCUUAUGUUUGGCUGAAGCACUUUGUUAGACGAUUGUAGCUCGAGGCUUUGCAACAUUUCAUCUCUGAACUCGUGUUUGUCAAAGAAAAUAAAAACGUGUUUGACCACUA